GACCAUCCAGACAUUCCAAGAAGAAUGGCAACAGUUAAUAAUGCGGAAAAAUUUGAUGCGGAUUUCUUCGGACUAUCUUUUGAGCAAGCACAUAUACUUUCGCCCGAAGUAAGAAUGUUACUAGAAUGUUCUCAUGAAGCAAUUGUCGAUGCGGGAAUCAAUCCAAAACAAUUACGAGGAAAAGAUACUGCUGUGAUCAUAGGGUCAUGUGAAAUUGAAUCACAAUUGAAAUUGUUAUAUGAUAAUGAUAAGUAUUUAGGAGAUAACAAUAUUAUUGGAUGCAGUAAAUCUACAAUAGCAAAUAUGAUUUCACACCUUUUUGAUCUGAGAGGACCAUCAUAUACAGUUGAUACAGCGUGUAGUUCAAGUCUUUAUGCCAUGUCCAUUGGUUUUGACUUUAUCAAGUCAGGCAUAUGCCAGGAUGCAAUAAUUGGAGCUGCAAACAUGACUUUUGUUCCCGGUUUAACCCUACAAUACGCUAGGCUUGGUGUUUUGUCACCCGAUGGUUAUUGCAGACCUUUUGAUAUCGGUGCAAAUGGUUAUUCACGUUGCGAAACGGUGUCAGUGGUAUAUCUUCAAAAAAUGAAGAAUGCGAAGAGGAUUUAUGCCAUAUGUCCGCACAUUAAAUUAAACUGUGAUGGUUAUAAAGAAGAAGGAGUAACAUAUCCAUCGUCGUUUAUGCAAGAAACUUUACUAACAGAAUUUUACAAAGAAUGUGGAAUAUCAACAUCUUGUUUGGAUUACGUUGAA